GGGGGAGCGGUAGAGCCGUAGAUAUUUACCAGCAGAGCCCUUGUGCGGCCAUUUUAUCAUCCAGGGGAUAGGGAAAUUAGAGUCCCCUUCCCUGGAGGCUGUGGGCUGUACGUCCUGGGGCUAGCGAAGGGGCUGAGGGAUGACUAGUUAAGUCCUAGGAAGGAGAAAAAGGCAGCAGCAGGGUUCCUUGCUCCUGCAGCUGGGAUAUGUGCGGGACCCGCAGGGAGAGGCUGCGUCAGGCCUGCUCACUCCCCCGCCGAGGUGGCGGCAGGCAGCUGCCAGGCCAGGACUGCGCUGGAACCACUGAGGGUUGCCGGUGGCGGACACAAUAAGGGAACGAGCCGACGCGCCGCUUCUUCCUCCCGCACGCGGGCCGGAACAGGCAGGCGGGGCGGGGGAGCGCCGCUUGGCUGGUUGCUGCUGUGCACUGGGGAAGCCGGGGGAAGGGGCUGGGUUGCUGUGCGAGAGGCAGAGCGCGCGGGCCGGGCGAAGGGCCUGGCCCCCGCUGGCGGUGCCUGGGCGUGCAACGCGGGUAUGGAGUGAGGGGAGCAGCGACAGGAGGAAGAUGGCCGGUGGCGGCGGCGGCUUCAGGGACAGCUUGUUUCUGGAAGUAUGGAACACACCAUGGAUCGCUAGAAAGAGGCGUUAUAGCUGUCAACAAGCUUUGAAUAGAUCACAAUCCAAGAGAGAUGGAGGUUAUAAAAAUAAUUGGAGCUUUGAUCAUGGAGAAGAAAGUGAAGGAGAUGCAGAGAAAGAUGAGGCAAAACUGCUCCGCAUAGAUGAGAGUGAUGGGUCCUUCAAUCCCACUGAAGAAAAGAAGUCACUACGCUGUCGACCAGGAACUGUUGGCACCAGCAGCGAGUACCUAAAAACAUAUGCAAGGCGAGGCAAAACUGGAAGUUUUAGAGUUUUGAAAGGGAACUCAAUUGGACUCAACAUGCUGGGAAAUAGCAAGAAAUUGAGGCUUCUGCCUCUUCCAGGCAAUUUCCAGGACUAGCUGGGAUGCUCCUUCAUUUCCCCUCUGAUAGGACAUUAUAACACACAAGAACCACUUUGCACUACUUCAGAGCAAGUUUUCAUCAACUCUGCUCCCUCUCAGAUUCAGCCUGAGCUCUGGCCUCAAAAGAAUUGAGCACAAAUGCUGAUAUCUGUUUAUUUCGUGUUCCAGCAGCUCACCACCACUGCUGGUAUUCACUGACAAUACUCCUACUCUACUCUUUUUUAUUCAAGUUAUAACUGAAAGCAAUAACUAUAUGAAACACCAGCCACAGGAAGUUUGUAAUAUAGUUAAAUUGUUUCCAGUGAUGUCAGUUCCCAUCCACCCCAUAUGCAGGGAAGAGAUCACAAGACAUCCAGUCAAUAAAUAGCCAUCUUAUAUAAAGUCAAACCAAGCAUAACCUGAACCUCAGCCAUGUG